CAGAAUCAGUACUACGUACAUUCUCUACUGCGCAAUACUGUCGUUUUCGUUCUCGGCUGUCAUAUAGGCCUCGUACAGUUAUCCGGAGAAUCGGCAUCGCUGCCCCGAAGCUUCCCCGUUUCAGAUUCCAAGAGAUUAUUAACCAACUAACCUUCGGCAUCGGACUAAGCUAAACUGUGCUUAGGAGUCAUCCAGACCGUCGCUCCAUUGAUACUUAUUGCGGUCUCCCUUCCUUGUCUUUCAAGGGUUUAUAUUGGCAUAUCCUUUAAGUUCUUGGAAUAAUCAAUUGAUCUGCGCAUUUUUGCUAUCACGACCAUGUCGUCUAUCAUAUACAACAGAGCGAAGCUUGAAGAAUAUCUAGAGCAUAUUGGCUACGCUGCAAAUAGGGCUUGCGGGAGAGCAGGGAAGCUAGACCAGCUAGAAUGUGACAUGCAAGAGAAUUCCCUGACUGUCUUGUCGGAACUCCAGAGGAAGCACCUUGGUACGAUUCCAUUUGGAAACACGGCGCUUCAUUAUUCACAGCACCGUACCCUCUCUCUGCAGCCGGAUGCCCUUUUUCAUAAACUCAUCCAAAGAAAGCUCGAUGGCUACUGCAUGGAGAGUACAGGGUUAUUCUACAAUGUCCUGAUGUCCCUUGACUUUGAUGUGUAUGCGACGGGUGCUCGUGUCUCUCAUGCAGUUAGUGGGAGUGGCCCAAAAGAUUCAUUUGCUGGCUUUGGACAUAUGGUUCUUAUUGUGACGAUACGGGCGGGGCACUUGGAGCAAUAUGUGGUUGAUGUUGCAUUCGGAACUCAAUGCAUGACAAAGCCCCUUAAGCUAGAGGAAGGUACAGCUGUUCAAGUGAUAGACCCGGCCGAGGCAAGGUUGGUCAGGAUGAGCAUCCGUGAACUCUCUGAUCGCCAGAAAGUCUGGGUUUACGAGACCCGUUCUCGUCCUCAAGUAGAUUGGUCACCGGCAUAUUGUUUCUCAGAGGUAGAAUUUCUCCCUCAGGACUUCGAGAUCAUGAGCUUCUUUACCAGUCAACAUCACUCGAGCUGGUUCACCCAAAAAUUGGUAUGUGUGAAGAUGCUCCUCGACGAUGACCAUCAGACGAUAGUUGGUCAGUACGUGCUAUCAGGGAGCGAGGUGAAGAAGCGGGUUCAUGGAGAUGUCAAAGUGGUUAAAGAACUGAGGACAGAAGCGGACAGGGUUGAAGCAUUACAGGAGUUUUUCGGCAUAAUCCUGACGAAGGAAGAAAUCGAUGGGAUCAGCGGCACGGUCGCACAGUUACCUGUGCAAUGUUCCUAGGUCUCUCUUCUACUUUGUUUCCUUUCGUGACAUAAUACCCUGGUGAUUUCCAAUUAGGCAGUUAGGUUACUGUUGGAUUUUAGACAUCUCUAAAUCACAUUUCUCUCCUCGCCUCUGGAACAUUAUCUGGAAUUUGAGAACUCUAUCCAUGCGAAGGGCG